GGUUGAUUUUACACUAUUUUCAACGGAGCUUGAAUUGGUUCAGUGCACCCACUAUGUACAUGUUGGUACGAUCGACCGCGCGCGCGACUGUUGACCGUGACGAAAAAAGUCAUUUGCAAACGAAGCUUACAAAUGCGUGCUAAUUAAUUUUCCCGUACGCUUAUAGGCCAGUGAGGUUUCAUUUUAUUUUUUUUAUUAACUGAAGUAAUUUUUACGAUUUUAAAUAUCAGUAUCUAAUAUUUUUUUUGAUUGAAGGGGGGGGUGGAGUUUGUAUGACGUCAUCCCAGCUCAGUUCAUGGUUCAUGUGGUUUGUGUUCAUCAUGCAGGUUGAACAUGUACAUGUACAUUACAUGUACAUGUACGUGUACCGUACAUAUACAGUGCAGUAUAUAUGUAUAUCGCGCAUAGCAGAUUAAAAAAUGGCUGAUCCCAGCACAUCAAAUUGCACAAGGCCAACUCGACGUGGCAGGCAGUACAGAACCUACUUAGAACCUGAGGAUUACGACAGCGAUGCAGCUGAGGUUCCACGUUCUUCCCGGCACAGAUGGAAGACCUGGAAGAAGCAGGAUUUCACUUCAAGUGCCAGACGCAAAGUAGAGGGACGCGUGCGCGAGGGGACAUCCGUCCUGGCUGUUCACACCCCUUCUCCAGUUCAGGAUUUUCAGCCAACUUUGCUACCAGAAUCAGAGAUGUUGGAAAGUGAUGACAUCUUGGACGCACAUGUCCCUGCCAGCUUCAGUGCAAUUAUUCAGGAGGAUGUUGCACCAGACAACUGUGAUGAAAAUGAUGCUGCAUCAUCAGUUGGGUUCAGUAGCUCGGAAGUAGACACCCAAGCAAGUGAUGGUGACGACCAAAGUGAUCCCUCAGAUUACGGUGGCGAAGAGCAAGAGGGGUUGUUUUCCAGCAGUGAAGAUGAAGAAGAUGAAAUGUUCAAUAUUGAUGAAAUAUUGAACCAUCCACUUUGUGAUGGUGUUGAAACAACCCGGGCAGAGGCACUUUUAAUGGUGAUGUCUUUUGUUAUGAGGUAUGCCCUUUCCACUGCAGCACUUGUUGGGUUGUUACAGCUCAUUAAUGAACUGUUUGGAAAACCGGUGCUAGUUGCGACAAGGUUUCUAUGCCAGAAAAUAUUUAAGAACAGACUCUUCAAGUUUUCAUUUCACUUUUAUUGCCAGUGUUGCUAUAGUCUUGUUGGUACUUAUGAAGGAGCUGGACAAGGACAUAUUCCUUGUCCUCAGUGUGACAGACCUUGUUCAGUUCAGAGUUUAUCAAAUGGCAACUUUUUUGUGACAACAAAUUUAAGGUCUCAGAUCAAAUCUCUUUUUGAAUUACCUGAUAUAGCGAGAAAUCUCACCUAUCGAUACACUCGUAUCAAAUGUAGGCAAGAUGGUAUCGAGGAUAUAUAUGAUGGUGAGAUAUACAAAAUGAUGUCUCGGCCUGGGCAGCCAUUGGCAAAUGAAAAAAACUUUUCGUAUUCAUUCAACAGCGAUGGUACGCCCAUUUUUAAAUCUUCAAAGUAUUCUCUAUGGCCCAUCUAUCUGAUGAUAAACGAAUUGCCCCCUAGGAUGAGAAGAGACAAUUUGAUUGUAGCUGGUGUUUGGUUUGGAAAAUCAGAACCCAAGAUGAACAUAUUUUUAGAGAAAUUUGUCACGGAGGCUAAUUUAUUAAUUACUGAAGGUAUUUCUUGGAAAAACAAUGGGCAGUUUGUUCACAGUGAAUUAUAUGGCAUUUCCUGUAAUGUUGAUGCACCAGCCCGUGCAACCAUGAAAAAUACUGUUCAAUUUAAUGGCUACAUGGGCUGUGGGUUGUGCUAUCAUCCCGGAGUGAGUGUGGAAAGAACAGUGAAAUACCCUGUUGAUGUUUGUGAUUAUUCUGAACGCACUGAUGAUGAAUUGCUGCAUGACAUGAUGAGAGCUACUGAUGAAGGGCACGUUGUAAGGGGGGUAAAAGGGCCAACUCCACUAAUAAAUUUGCCACAUUUUUCCAUUGUUUGGGGAUUCCCAGUAGAUUUUAUGCACUGUGUUCUUCUUGGUGUAAUUCGGCAGUUAACAGAAUUGUGGAUUGAUUCACCAGCUGGAAGUCCAUUCUACAUAGGGUCAUUGAAUAAUAUUGCAUAUUUAGAUAGCGUGUUGAAACAAGUGAAACUUCCCAGUUUCACACCUAGAACUCAAAGACCAAUAUCUGAAAGGAAAUUCUGGAAGGCAAGCGAGUGGUAUAAUUGGCUGUUGUUUUUAUCGUUGCCUUGUUUGUUGGGGAUUCUUCCACAUGCAUACUUCAUUCAUAUUUGUAGCCUUAUUGAAGCAGUGUUUUUGCUCCUACAAAAAUCUGUAUCUGAAGCAGAUGUGAACCGCGCAGAUAUACUCCUUUAUUCAUUUGUUGCGCAUAUGCAGCUCUUAUAUGGUAGAGGAAGCAUGACGUUCAACAUUCAUUCCCUAACUCACCUCCCAAAAGGUGUAAAAAUGUGUGGACCCUUGUGGACACAUUCAUGUUUCCCAUUUGAAACGGCGAAUGGUAAAAUCAAGGCUCUUCUUCAUGGCAACAGAGGCAUCAUAAUGCAAACAUUGCACAAAUUUCUUAUGAUUAAGUCUUUACACAUGUUCAAACUUGUUUAUGGGAUAUCCGAUCAAAAAAAGGCAUUUUGUGAACAACUUCUGUUAACCAACAAAUUUGAGCCAUCACAUGUGAUAGGUGAAAUCCAAUUAUAUGGCGUGGGCCAUAUGACUAAUCUGUCACCUCAGGAAAUGGCUGCCAUUCAGUUAACUGAUUUCAUUAUUGGUGAUGAAGCGUUAGCUUUUAACAGGAUGUCACUAAGAGGACUGUUAUUUCACACUGUGCAUUAUCAAAAGUCCAAAACCAGAAAUAACACAGUCAUUUUUACUGACCGUGGGAAGUUUGGUGUACUGCAAAGGAUAAUUUGCACCAGUCAUAAUGAAUGUGUAGUAUUACUCAAAGAAAUAUGUGUUGCGCCUGUAAAUGUUUUUUCUGAUGGAGCAUGUACAGUCUCUCACAUUAAGAAAUGUGUUGACUUUUCUGACCAUAUACAUGUUGUAAAUGCAUUAGGUAUUAGUGGGAGUUGCAUUAUAAUUAAGGUCAGAAACUCAUCUUAUGUUUGUCUCCCACCAAGUUAUGUUACAAUGUAGAAGUCUUCAUGCAGCAAUACAGCAUGUACAUAUGCUAUACUAUCAAAUUCUUCCAGGUUUCUUGGAAAAUGAGUAAUUGUAAAACUGCUGCAAAAGUGCAGACAAGUGUUGAAGUAUGUGUAUUAUGGCUCCUAGUCAUGCCCCAGAAUGAAGAUAAAUUUAUGCACAGUGCUGUAUUUGUGAAUCCAAUAUUUUACACCAACUAUACGUUUCUUAUUUUGUUUCAACUGUACGUUAUUAAGACUGGCCCACAUAACCCAUUUCUUGUAUAGUUACUCAAAGUAUCCUCUAUGGAUAAAGGCCCAGUACUGAGUUGGAAUUAAUUUGCAUAUUAUUUGGAACAUUUAGUUAAUAGAGUUAGAGUUUUAGGCUGGUCAACUUUUUAGUCGGAUCUCAUCAGAGGCUCAAGCAGUUCAGGUUCGGGUGUGUUUGCACAGCAGAUCCAUAGAGCAUUAGCUCAAGAUACAUGUGCAUGUAUAUUUAGGGGGAAAAUUCUUUUCCUGAGCUAAUGGGGAUAGGAUACAGACCAGUGAAACAGCUGAAUUCCCAAAAUCUUCAAGAGAGGCUGGCUUUUGAAGGCAACUCACAUCUCGAAAAACCAAGUAUAUUUUGUAUGAACUUCAUUCAACCUGUUCACUCCGGGGUUGGACACUUUCACAACUGUCACCAAUUUGGGCUGUAAUUUGACUCAAGUGUACAUGUAGCAACGGUUGUUGGGCUUGAUAAUUCAGUUGUACUUCAAAAUUUGGAGUUUCACUAGAUUCUGCUAAAUUGUGUUUUGAAUGACAAAUUUGUGAUGUACAUAACUGUAAAUAAAUCUUUUUUUGUUGUAAAUGACAAGCCAAGUUUCAAGAAGUUCUCUCGUUUUCAAUGACGUGUCCUGUAACAGAAAAAUAGUUUACAGUUGAGGCCAGUUUGUCAGAGUCCUAUUGAAAUUCAUGAGACUAUUAACUC